AUGAAUCGACCUGAAUCGAUAUAUGAUCUUCUUUUGGCUCCUCUAACGCUAAGUCUUAUAUUCGGAGGUAUAGGAGUAGUAUUACUUACUAAUAUAAUUUAUUCCGCUCUUUCAUUGGGGCUAGUUCUUAUUUGUAUAUCCUUUUUCUAUAUUAUAUUGAACGCGGAUUUCGUAGCUGUUGCACAAAUCCUGAUCUACAUAGGAGCUGUUAAUAUUUUGAUUCUAUUUGCCGUGAUGUUGAUGAAUAAUCCGAAAUAUCCUAAUUAUGCCCCUCCCUGGACCGUCGGAGAUAGCAUUAGUUCAAUAGUUUGUACGAGUCUUUUUUGUUCAUUAAUUACUAUUAUCUUGAACAUAUCAUGGUUCGGAAUAUCUCUGACUCAAAAAUCAGAUCAAAUGUUAGAACGAGAUUUAACAAACAAUAUUCAACGUAUUGGGGCUCAUUUAUCCACUGAUUUUUUCCUUCCAUUCGAACUUAUUUCUAUAAUUCUUCUAGUCGCUCUUAUAGGAGCCAUUACUAUAGCUCGUCGAGAAGAAACAGUUUGA